AUGGCAUCUAUUCCAGCAUCGGAGUCAUUACCGUCAUCAUCGUCGAACAGCCCUUCUAAUGAGGUGCUGCAAUUACCGGAGCUGCUGGAAAAAAUAGCCACAUAUGUCUCGCACACCGACACCCUCCAUUCAGCACUUGUUUGUAAGACUUGGGGCUCUGUUUUCACAGCUAACCUCUGGCGCAAAUUGAAUAUGCCUCCAAUUCACAAGAGCAGCUUCAUCAACGGCUUGUUACAUCGGGGCCACCAUGUUCGUUCACUUACACUUGUCGGUCAAUUUGAUCACAUGUUGUUUUACAAGUCUUGUCCACAGUUAACUCUGCUUGACCUGACUCUAGCACAAUCACUUAAUGUGUUUGGACUCCACAAUAUGGCUCGCUGUCUGCCUAAUCUCAAGAUCUUAAGGCUCAAUUGCUGCUAUGGUCAAAGCUUGUCUUGGCUUGGCCCUUUGACACAACUCGAAUGUCUCGAGGAGUUUGCCAUGAUUAAUGACAUGCCAGAGUAUUCACAGAGUGAUGUGCCAUCGAUUUCUGAGCAUGAACAAUCUUUAUAUGUCCAGAGUUUAGAUGAGGCCUCAAAUUCAGUCAAUACAGAUGUUGAUCCAGAUGAGAUGCUUGAAGCUGAUCAAGGAUUUAGUUAUGUAGCGAUAGAGGAAGUGGAGCCAACAGAUACGACAGAAGAAUUGGAUCUACAACCAGAUUAUUUGGGAGAAUUCUUGAUUGCUCGUGCCGCAACAUUGACUAACUUGAGCCUCGAAGGAUUGGACCUGCUUGGAUUUAAGCUCUUCAAAACUUAUAGUCAGACAAAUAGUGUAGUAAAGGAUGCUACAACACCUACCAGCUCGCCUUGCGCCACAGAGUCUUCUAUAAUACCAACCAUAUCCAUCAAGCGCCUGAAUCUUUCGAAAAUAGGUGUUUAUCAUACGAGUUCUGUCAUAGAGCCACUUUUAAUGCAGUGCCAUGGCCUUGAGACAUUAGACAUAUCAGGGAACUUCGAGAAACCAUGGGACAUGUUCCAAUGGUCGUUACUUCCUCGAUAUUGUUUGAAGCUUACCUCUUUAAAUUUGGGUCAGUUAUCAUCUAUCGACAAUGAUCAACUGGUACAAGUCGUGCGAUGUUGUCCGGGGUUCCGCUCGUUGCUGGCACCACAAUCCAACCUUCAUAGCAAAGUUCUGGACGCCAUUGUAGAUAGAUGGUUAGAGACAUUACAUGAUUUAGGUGGAGCUCGAGAGUUCACUGUUCAGAAGACUGGAUUCCUAGAACUCGACAUUUCCUGGUGUUCAGAGAUUAAGCAAGAGUCAGUUCAGCGGCUAUUGAAGCAUGUAUCGACGCUGAAGAGCUUUAGAUGUUCAUGGUGUCAACAAAUUGAUCUAAGCUUAUUUCAAUUAGAAUGGAGUUGUCUGGGUCUUAUUGAGUUGGAAGCACAGGGACUUGACAAGCCAACUACAACUGAUGACGAAUUCAGCUGCUCACCUGAAGUUCACAUGUUUAAACGGAUAUCCCAAUUCAGCUUUCUGAGGCACCUCGCAAUUGGGUCCGAUGAGGUGAUGGCAUCUAUCACAAAUGGGUUUGAGUUGUUGGGACUGCGAAAGGCUGGCAACAACGAUGAGCAGACGGCGAAGCCCUGCUUGAAUCAACUUCAAUAUCUGUCUAUUAUUGGGCAUGAAGAGAGCCCAUUAGGAAUAAGUGAAAUGUCAGUCGUGGCCAGUUCGUUUCCUCAGCUGCGUCAUUUUCACUUUGGGCUUGGGCUAGUAUCACCAGAGAUGCAAACUUGGUUGGCUGGACAACGACCUGAUGUUCAUCAGGAGGAGCAGCGCAUCUACUAUUGA